CGGUAGAGAUGAGUGGUGGUGAUGGUGAGAAGAGUGUCGAGGGCAGCACAGAAAGCGGGAACCGGUCGUCGAUAGAGAGGAAGAGACCAGCUUUUGAUUUGAAUGAAGAAGCAACGAGUGAAGAGAAGGAUGAGACAGCUGGGACGGGAGGGAGCUCUAGUAACAAUAGCAACCCGGGAGAAGGAGGAGAUCGGACGGCUACCGUUAGGCAAUAUGUCCGUUCAAAAAUGCCCCGCCUACGGUGGACACCUGAUCUCCAUCUCUCUUUCGUUCACGCGGUCGAGAAGCUCGGCGGGCAAGAAAGAGCCACACCCAAGUUGGUUCUUCAGAUGAUGAAUGUGAGAGGCCUUAGUAUUGCGCAUGUGAAAAGCCAUUUACAGAUGUAUCGGAGCAAAAAACUCGACGACAUAGGACAAGUUAUAUCUCCAACAGGCAGGCCAAUGCAAGGAUGUGAUCGCCUUUCUGAGAUGUUUUAUCAACGAACGGGUGUUCAUCAGCACUUCAGAAUGGAAAAUGGAGGCCUUUUUUCAUCUAAGAACAUUCACGAGCCCAAUCAUCUCUACGGCCUUCUGCAACGCCCUCUCUCCCAACAACCGUUUGACUUCAAAGCUGGCAAUUUGAGACAACAAGAGUGGGCUUUCAAUCAGCAUGCCGCAGCGAGAUCAAACUUGCAAGCAUGCAAGGAUCAGGGACCAGCCAAGGGUCUGAUACAUGACAUGAUCUUCCGAAACAAUGGCAAGCCAUCGACUUCACAUCUGUUCGAUGUGAGGGACGCGAUCACCGGAAGUGGACCAAUUAGAUCUCAUCAAUUCAUAGAAGAGAAGAGGUGGCCCCCGCGUGAGUUGGUUGGAAAUCAAAGAAGAGACAGGAAAUUUCCUAUGAAUAUAGAGUGGAUCAGUAGGGACUCACAGACUCCGCCGCACUUGAAUCCUUCUACAACCACUUCCAUUGACGCCAUCUAUGCUAUGCAGGCAUUUCGAAGAAACAACAACAACAACAAGCAUGAAUCCAACUUGCGCAAUCCAAUAAUCAUCCCAGAUAGCCUUGAACCCCAAUUUGAUACCCCACUUCAGCUUGAGUUACGAGCACGACCGGUGAACAACACAAUGCACACAAUGGAAGAUGUUUUGGAAAAUGACAGCAUAGAGAAUAAGGCGGCGAUGAUGAAGAAGGGCCGGAUACCCAACUUGCAGUUGAGUCUGAGUCACAGCUUGGGAGAUUCUAGUCGUGGUGAAAACAUGAAAGAAACUGGCAGCGAGGUGGUCUCUCUUUCAUUGUUUCCUCCAUCUUCCAUGCAAGAAAUGCAGGCUAGUGAAAGGAAUCUGGACCCUACGCAAAGUGAAAUUCAGUUCUUACAAACAGAUAGCAGCAACAAGGCCAAGCUGAGGCUGAGUACUUUAGAUCUGACCAUGUCGAUUGGAGCAUUGGAGUGAGAUCUUUCAAGUACUUGUUUCAAGGCCCUUAGGACCUCAUAGUCAUGGCUGCCUCCAAUAAGGUAUAUUCCCAAAUGAUUCCUUUUUGUUCGCACCCAGUGCAUGUUAGCAUCAUGUGUUUUUUUUUUCUUUUUUUUUUUCCCUUUUUCUAGAAGAUCAUGCAGUGGCUGUUACAGCCAUCCUGGAUCAGUUCUUGUCAAUGUGGGUCAUAUGGGAAAACCAGUUAGAUUCUACUAAAAAGAGCAAAGGAAUGAGUUUCUAUCCUUGCAUGAAUUUGAUAUGCUAGAAUAGCCCUUGCAAAUUCUGAAUAGUUUAUCUAUUUCCUUAAUCAAUGCUGACCAUGAGAUGAAAGAACUUGGACAUAAACCUACUUGAAUAGGGGAUGUAAGAUAGCAAUUGCUUAGACGUUUCUAUACUUUUCUAGACAUGGAUGAUUCUCAUCCCAUUAAUAGCUGAAAUCUUCAGCGAAGGAAAUAUUGGAAUUGAUAUCUACAUCUACCCCUAUUUGAUUUCACACACCCAUUUUUUUUUGUUGUUGAAAUUGAAAUAGUACUAGAAUUGGGUAAUAUUUCAGUUCUAAAAAUGUGUUAGCUCCCAAAAACUUUUGCUGAUGUAAUGCAAAGAAAAAAGAAGGCCAUGCAAGCUACCUUGUGGAGCCCUGUCCCCACCCUUAGAUGCGAUCUGCACCGUUCAUUAGAUAAUGCAUACGCGUGAAUAUGCCAUGUACCAAAAAUCAGAGUGGACUACCAAGAAAGUAAGCCACACGUGUUCAUGAAUUUUGACCAGUGGAAUGUUUUUCUAACCGCCCUUUGUUCUCAUAUAAAUGUCCUGAUCAGCAAGCCAUUUUUAUUUUUAUUUUUUUCCAUGCUUUCUUUUCUUUCUUUCUUUUUUUAAUUUCUUUCCUUUUUUUUUUCUUUUUUUUUGUCCUGGGAUGUUCACAGUUCACACUGCACACUGCAUGAUGAAUGGUCUGGAUCUCCAACUUGCAUGCCAUCCGAUGGUGGGAAUGUGGCCCACAAGGGAAAAAUGAGUCGGAACUCAUUUCUCCAAACAAUAUCCUUUCCCUUGCGGUUUUUUUUUUUUGACCAGCGUUUGCUAACCCAAACCUACAAUACCGAACGCUGAAAUAUGGGUCUCACUUGCAAAGAAAGCUUGUCCCUUUCCCUUGCGGUUCACCUUUUCUGUUACAGCCAACGUAUAAAUGAUUUUGGAUCAUUCAAACACGACCUAUCAUCUUUAAACGAGUCAUGUACAUUGAAUAGAAACUACUAACAAGUGUCUUUAAACCGUCCUUGCUUUCAUAUAGUCAUGGCUUACUUGGUGAUUGGACCUGGCUGGGGCAGGUCGAGCCAUCCUGUCCAUUGCCAGCCCCAAUUCUAUUGUAUUGGUUUGAUGAUGACCGUUCUUUCGUUUUGGGUAUACAAUAAGCAAUAAUUAGGAAACAAUGCUCUCUUAGCUAGUGAUUGCUCAAAAUCAAGCUACUCAUGAGAUGAAAAAUGGACUGAAUCCUCAACAUUGCCAAACAUAUGCACUUUUUUUACUACAUCAUUCGGACCUUACGCAAUAUUUUCUUAUUGAAUGUGAGAUGCCGCGAGCUUCCGAUGAAAGUUCUACUAAGAGACAUGUUUUCAACUCUUUACUAUUGGUGGAGUUAUCAUUGCUAAUUUCCUUGAUUUGGGUUUUGAAGUUCUUUUUCGUUUCUGCUUAGUGCAUUUA